AUUUAGUUUCCUUUACUACUAAAAGACCUAACUGUCAUGCUCAAAGUCCAGGUCUAAAUUCAGAAACCCUUCUUUAGAGAGUAGUGACAUCCCAAUACAAGUGAAAUAUUCUCGAGGAUAUGUAAAGCAAAUGCUUUUAUGCUGUAUUUUGUGAAUCUGUUACACAUGAUACAUUCACCAUCCACUCAUGUAGCCUUUCAGUUAUACUGUGAACCAACUUUUAAUCGUGAAAGAGAAAUUUCGUGAUGAGAAUCUUGUAGUCGCUUAAAUGCUCACUGCGAACAAGUCCUUCAGUGUCUCGUAUAUUUGUUUAACUACAAACUCGAUUGCAAAAAGUGGUUACCACUAACUACUUUAUCACUGAUAAAUGGCAAAAUAAAGUCAUCGUGAAUAAAAGUUGGUUUACAGUAAUUGGGUGACCGGAAAAGAUUAUCAUCCUUUUAUGUUUGAUGUAUCUUUAUUUUCAGGAUGUAGUAGGUCCGGAUAACAUUCCUGGUUAUGGCCAUGUCUUGCGCCUUGCAAACUUCCUUGUUUCAUUGCGGGAUGCAACAGGAAUGUCACCAGCCCAAGUGAAACAACUGAAGGACUUGUGGCUUGUUCUUCUUCCUGAUUAUGACAGAAAGAGGACUGUCUUUCCUCCAAGACAUCAAAAGGGGCUUCUACAAGGAAGGUUUAAAAGCCCAAAGAAAAAAAUGGCACAAGGAGUGCAAAGUAUUGAAAGGUACUCAGAAAUUAUAACUACAUGUACAUUGUAAUGAAAAAUGAAUUAAUCAAUAAAGGAGAUACAUUAGAAAAUUCAUGUGAAGACAUAUUCCAUUUGAAAUCAAUUAUUUCAGUUUAAAUCUUGAAUUAAAACACAUGCGAAUUAGUUAAAACUGAAUGAUAAAGUAAAGAUUUCUCUUUUUCUUGGCAGAGUUGUACUUGGUCCAAAUCAAGGUCCAGCACAGUGGCCAAACUGCAAUAGAUACACAGCGGCCACAGUAGAAUCGCUCCUGAAGAUUUUUCGCAGUGAUCUUUGGAGGGGAGGGAGGUCCAUUUCCAGAUUUUCUUUGGUUCUUGGUGCCUUCCAUCACAUCAGGCAGACCAUUCUAAACAACCAUAUAGCAAUGGAGGAAACAGAUUUACAGCUCCCCCUUUUGAACAAAAAGACGCUUACCCAAUGGUUCAAUGACAAGAGUAAAAUGCAGGACAAGAAGGUUUUGACUCAAGGUUUGGAGCUUCCAAAUCCAGCACUCACCACCAGCAAGGCUCCUGAUGCACUGUCAAAACCUUCAGUUCUUCCUUCUGGCAAUACUCAGCCAUUUCCUUUCCAUGAUCCACCUUCUUCAGUUGGCUUGGCUAAGGUUAAGGGCAGGAAAAACAAGCCAGCUUUUUUUAACAUAAUGCCCUCACGGAAUCCUGCCAUUUCUUUUCAACUGGUUACUGGUCCUGGAAACACGGCAGUGCUAAUACCAUCAAAUGUACCAUCAGCCAGUGUUCCCUCUACAAGCCAGCAAGGAAGAAAACGGAAAGGAAAUGAAGAAGUAUGUACUGCCCCUCUACCUAAGAAAGUUAAAAAGUGUAGUAAAUGUGGAGAAGAGAGGAAUCCACCCGCCCACCAACAAUACAUGGGGUACAGAUACUGCUCCUCUACCGACAACAGACCUUUCGCAGAGUGGAGGGAAGAACUUCAAAAGGCAGGAGUGGCAAGGAAGACAGCAAAAAAAAUAAAUGAACAUAUUCAACAAACUUUUCGAUUUAAUCAGCAUAUUUGGCAGCAAUUGGAAUUUAUCAACAUAUUUGGCAGCAAUUGGAAUUUAUCAACAUAUUUGGCAGCAUUUGACUUCUUAUCCUCAGUGUAAACAGUUAUAUUUGGCAGCAUAAUAUUAACCAAAAACAGUGGCAACAACUAGAACUAUAACUACAGCUGAAAAA